AUGGGGAUUCACAACAGUCUGGAAAAUUUUAUUUUGAGCCCUCUUCGCAAAAAGUUUGAGCUAUAUUUGGAGCGUUACAACGCUGGUAUCGCAGAUCGUGACAAGACAGAGAUGAUUGAUGCGCUAUUAAUGAACUACGAUCCAUCUGAGCUAAACCGAUGGCUUCAGGUAAGACUGACUAACCCUGAUGAAAUGGAAAUGGCCACGAGAAUUGCAGAAGCAGCAAUUUCAGGAGUCUACAGGUUUGGAUCAAGUAUAUUAAGUAUAAGACAACCAAAAUAUUCUAGUAAAGCGGUGGACCCGGGGAAGAGUUUUGAUGCGGCGGUGGAGGACGCGAUGGUUAAGGCUGCGGUAUCAGUAAUGCUGCAUGAGCUUGACAUGAUCCGCGUGCAUAAGAUGCUGACUAAGGCAGCUGUUAAAUCUAAUAAACAUUACGAAAUGGCUGUUAAGAUGAAGAAGGAGUUUUUUGAAUUGUGGGGUCAACACGAUGAUGCAGAGCCGCAUGAGGUGGGUAAAAUUUUGAAAGACUCAGGAUUCUCAAAGAAGGAACAAAGCGAAUAUUAUUUAAAGUACUUAAAAAAUAAUAAUAAAUACAAAGCUGAUCGAUGGGAGGCGCGAAGGGAGGUGCGCGAGGAAGGCGACAAGGAGAAGACAAUAUCGGAGGAUUUGUUUAAUGAGCCGAACGUUGGCGACAAUGUGAAGAAGACAAUAUCGGAUCCGAGAAAAGUGGAUUUGUCUAAUGAGUUGAACGUUGGAGACAAUGGGGAGAACACAAAAGUUGACGAGAUUCUGAAAAAGAGGAAGGAUACCCUAUUGGACGAGCAGCUGAAACAAAAGUUGGACGCGAGGAAGCAGCAGAAGCUGGAAGCAAAGGCGUUAGCGAUAAAGAAACGGAAUCCCACACUUUAG